UGUUACCAACCUGUUUCAGCAACAAUGUAUUAGAUCCCCUGUACUCUUCCAUGGACACUCCGAUGUCGAUCUACAUAGGCGCAAAUAUCGACAUCUACUCAAUAGUACAAAUAUACAGGGAUGGAAUUUGUGAAGACAUCCAUAUCCAUCCACGCUAUGAAUGGAACGUGUACAACAUUGAUCUAAUAUCCGGCAAUGUGACGCAUAUUCUCCAUGUCGGAGAACCCAAUAUUCCCUUCGAUGCCUCGGAAUUAGGAUUAUAUAAAGUAGUUCUGAGAGUGUACUACAAUCGUCAUUCACCGAUCUGGCUUGAAGACGAAAUGUACAUCAGUGUGUCCUAUCCUCCACCUAACGCGGCCAUUGUUGGCGGGUCUGUACGUAUGCUUGGCGUGGGUGUUAACGUUAUAGAUGGACUCACCCUGUCUUACGACAUGAGUAAAGGCCCAGGAUAUACAGCUACACUUCAACUCGACUGGGUAUGUACACUGAUCGCCAUAGGUUCGAUUUACGACACACUUAAUGUCGACAUCAAUGAAGAAAUCCUAUUCCCAGAUGAGAUAUCGCAACAGCCCUGGCUGAACCAUAGUUUUGUCUUAAACCGAAUUGAUGACCUGGUUCUUGCUGUAGACAACUUGAUGUUCAUAACCUACUUCAAUACUAACCCUCCCAAAGAGGAUUUCUGCAACAUGACAGCUAACGGAAAUUUCACGGAUGAGUUCAUACAGUUUGACAGUCAGGUGAUAAGGUUUGAUGACAUGUACGCUGAUUUGAUCAACUUGAUUGAAAUCAUCAAUGAGAAAGUGAACUAUUUCAACGACUUUAUUACAUUCACUGAUUACGCUGUAUCGUCUUCAUCGUUGCCGACAAUCAAGACUGAGGUUCAGAGCUGGGUCAACACAGUCCAGAAUGAAUUGACACAUUUGACAAGUUUAAGAUUCAUCAUCAAUACAGUAAAGACAUAUAUUCCUGAAAGCGAUGGAGGAAAUUACUCUAAGAUUUGUGAAAAACCUCGCUCAUCAUACACUGCAUUUAUUGGCCAUCUUGUUGAUGCUCCUGUGCAAAUCGAAGCUCUGUCCCUCACAGACUGGAAUGCGCUGGCCCUUGAAGAGGAGCUGCUUAGGAACACCACUGCAACCUAUCUUCAACAACAGUCUUGUUCUAACUUCAGGGAAACAUCUAAUGGAUAUGCGAGACUUGAAAUCAGUGACUCGGACGUUUCAGACUCCCUAGGAUUCAUCAUAUCCUUGAGAGUCAGUGCUAAUCAAUCUUUCAGCUACUUUCAGCAACGAAUUCAGUCUGUUCCAGGUAAUCCACCAGCUAUUGACAUCAGCUGCCGUCUAAAUUGCUUACCAAAGACUGCAAGCAGCUCCAUAUUAUCACUAAGAGCUGAAUGUUCCUCUUGUACCUACGCUGAGCUGGCCACCAUCAGUUACUCUUGGAAUGUUUCUCGGUUUAACACUGCAACCAAAGCUAGAACAGAACUCCCUGACUGGCAAUCCAGGCUGGAGAGCGAAUUUAACUCUCCUGCAUUUGUGCUCAAUCCACAAACGCUAUCAGCCGACAGUAGUUACAUUAUCGAGCUGAACAUUACUCUGUACGAGAACUCUUCAAGCCUGACCCUUCUUAUCAUUAACACAAACAUACCACCCUAUGGAGGAAAGAAUGAAAUUCACCCAGGCCAUG